CAAUCUAUCAAGAACAGACUACGGUCACAUCAUCCUAACAAAACACACCAAGCAUCUAGGGAGCUACCUAGGACUUCCAUCAUUAGUAAAUGAGCGGUGAUUACUGAAGCCAUUCAUUUUCUCGGCACCUCUGGAGGAGCAGAAAAAGAGUUAUACGUUGGGGAAAAAAAACCGAACAUCGAUACAAUUACCAUGGAGUACCUCAUUCGACUUGCGCAGAUGCACGAGACGUUCCGGAAGCCAGAGCUGGAGGCUUUGGCGGCGUUGCACGAUGUGAACUUGGAAAUCUUGGAAUACUCAGAUCAGUCACCAUUCUGCAUAGCGAGGAUCCCAUCAGACGCAGAUGCAGCAAAACUGAUCGCUCGAUCCAUGUUGACCAUAGCAGUCUACCAACUCUGGGGUAUCGGUAAAAACUACGACGAAUGCCAUGCAGACGUCAAGAAACGAACAUCGCAUAUCUGGCCAAAGUACAAAGAAAGCGCCUCGUUCAGUUUCCAAAUCGACAGUUAUCAGGCCAAGCGCACCAACGCAGAAAAGAGAGAUAUCGUCGAAUCUUUCUCGUACAUGGCUUUCGAAGGACCAAUCAAGAUGAGGGACCCGGAUCUGCCUAUGGUGGUACUUGAAGAAUAUGACUUAGAGGUCAGAGAUCCCAAGCGUGUGGCGCUAGGUCUCCUGGUCGGUGAAAGUGGACGCUCAGCAUGGAACAAAUACGACCUUAAGAAGCGCAAGUAUAUCAGCACGACAUCGAUGGACUCGCAACUGGCCUUGAUCACAGCAAACAUGGCUCACGCAGCACCCGGCAAGAUCUUUUACGAUCCCUUCACCGGCACUGGAAGUUUCCCGAUCGCUUGCGCACAUUACGGUGCUACCGUGGUCGGCAGUGACAUCGAUCCUCGUAGCAUUCGUGGAAAGCCGGAUCGCAAUGUCAUGAGCAACUUUGUACAAUACGGUCUGGUGCCACAAUAUCUGGAGAUGUUUGUGAGCGAUUUGACAAACACACCGAUCAGAAAGACACGAUGGCUGGACGGUAUUGUUUGUGAUCCUCCAUACGGUGUGCGCGAGGGAUUGAGAGUGCUGGGCAGCACGAGAGAGGAUCUCCAGAAGGAGGUUCUGCUCAAGAGCGGUGUGCCAGCACAUCUUGCACCAGGUUACAUCCCUCCAAAGAAGCCUUACAGUUUCGACGCCAUGCUGGACGAUAUUCUGGACUUUGGCUACAACCAUAUGGUGGACAAUGCAAGACUCAGUAUGUGGAUGCCGGUGGCUAACGAUGAGGACAUGGAGAUCCCUGUUCCCAGCCAUCCUGCGAUGGAGCUGGUAGCUGUCUCGAUCCAGCAAUUCAACAGAUGGGCCCGCAGACUACUUACUUACCGCCGCGUUCCAGAAGCACAAGUUGACCAAGAAGCACUUCGAACCCGCGAGAAACGUGAAGAGGCGACUGGAGUGACGGCAGAUGAUCUCAACGCCUUCCGACGAAAGUAUUUCCAAGGCUUCAAGGAUCAGCAGCAACAACAGGUCGACUCGGAGACUGCAUCAUCGUGAGUCGUGCCGUUUCAACAAGGCGGUCAUGGUGCGGGCUGGAGUCAAGACUUGAGCGGCUGAAACGGACAGCUGGGCGGCGUUCGGUCUUGAGUCCAGCUGGUGGUUGCUGUUGGACGCUCAACGUAUGUCGGCGAGGCGGAGUAGGCGGUCACAGGUUUGGUGACGAAGAGCCGUCUUAUGUCAUGAGUGAAGGCAGGCAUCAUUUGGACUAGCCACCUGAUGGACUUUGGGCGAAGAAAUGACUGCAGCCAGAUAGAAAGCAACAUGUACCGAUCCGAGUCAUGAGACUGUGAGACACAGGAGAUCUCAAAC